AUGUUGCAUUUGGAACCACAAAACCUACUCAUCCAAGAAACCUUUGCGAAGGCGCUUGCGGCAAAUUACGAACCGUGUAGCCUGGAUAGAAUUCUCACCGAUUUUGACUUUACAACAUAUCACAUCUCGACACCACAGGACAAGACCAAGAUACUCUUGUCCAUCAACAUCAAAUGCUGGCAAGACUUGGUUAAUUAUGGGGCAAUGGCUUUGUUGGAGAAGAAGUAUGGUGGAUAUACCUUUAUCCAAUUUCUAUCGGGAUCUAAUUGUGAGCCUGGAUAUGAUGUCUCACUGUACAUUGACAUUGAACAAGUGCAACUCAAUGACGAAGAAAAGAGCCUUUUGGUGCAUGAGUUGAGUUUGUUAAAGAGAAACUGCUUUGCAGCACCAUUCUUAAAGGCAUUUGCAAGAUACGAAGUUUUGGCAAAGGAGAACCCAGUAGACCCAAACAAUUUGUACGGGGAAGACAGUGUUGCUGCAUCCAACAGCAACGAGGAAGUUUUGAAGCUUGACUACCGUGGACAAGAAACUAUAUACAUCAAGCCAUCAAGUGACCGAGUAACUGUUAUUUUUUCAACGAUUUUCAAUGACGAGACAGAUAAGAUCUUCUCCAAGGUUUUCCUCCAAGAGUUCAGUGAUGCCAGAAAGAGAUCUAUCCAGAAGGCGCCACAGGUCAUCAACUCACAUCGUGAGGUGCCAUUGGAAAUCAGACACUUGGCACCACAAACGGAUGAUAAGACAUACAUUACGUUUGUUUUGUUUCCUAGACACCUUGCAAGUGACGACGUCAAAUGGAAUACCAUCACCCAGAUUGAGCUAUUCAGAUCCUACUUCCACUACCACAUCAAGAUUGUCAAAUGUUACUUACACCAGAGAAUGAGAUACAGAGUGCAAAGUUUCACCAAAAUCUUGAACAGGGCCAAAAGAGAGAUCGACGAAGAGGAAUACCGUGCCGAGCGGAAAACUGCCUCUGGUAGAAGGUUCGAGGUGAGAUGA